CUUGGACCCAGGUACCUAGGUAACUAGGGGCCAGCUUGACGUUUCGGUGCUCGAGACCACGACGACCGACCUCGAAACAUCCACACACUGGACAGCUACAUACACUCUUCAACCCAGCAAGAGGACUGGGAGAUAGUGCCUCGUACAAUUUUCCGGCGGGCACCCCACUGGACAAUUGAACACCACAGAAACCCAUGAUACACAUCCUCUCAUAGCCUGUCUUCAGCAUAUACUUGCUUUCCCAGGGCGUCGACAACUGUAGCCCGCAGCCCAGAGGGCAACAUCCUGCCUGCCAUGCAUUCCCAAUGGCUGUCCCAGAGGUGGACAGCCUACUUUUGCUUCUUCUCCCUCUUGCUAUCCAUGAUUACUCCUGCAGUCUCGGUCAAGGAGAACGACUUCAAGAAAUGCCACCAGUCCGGCUUCUGCAAACGCAACAGGGCAUACGCCGAUGAUGCACUCGCAUCGAGUUCCUGGGAAACACCAUACAAGAUCCUACCAGAGUCAACAUCCUUCAAGGAUGGCCAGUUCCAGGCUGUCAUCCUCAAGACCAUCAACGAGCAGGGCGAGACCGUUCGACUCCCAAUUACCGUCUCCUUCCUCCAGGCAGGCACCGCGCGGGUCACCGUUGACGAGGAGAAGCGCCAAAAGGGAGAGAUCGAGCUCCGCCACAACAGCCCAGUCCGCAAGGAACGCUACAACGAGGCCGAGAAGCUGGUUAUUGUCGGUGGUACCGCUCUGGACAAGGAUGCCAAGGUUGUCUUCGAGGACAAGUCCCAGACUACUGUUCAGUAUGGACCCGACUCCAAGUUCGAGGCGAUCAUCAAGUUUGCACCUUUCAGCGUUGACUUCAAGAGAGACGGCAACUCGCAGAUCAAGUUCAAUGACCGUGGCUUGCUGAAUAUGGAGCACUGGAGGCCGAAGAUCGAGAAGGCCGAGCCCGAGAAGAAGGAGGGCGAGGCAGAGGCAAGCGCAGACGCAGAAGCCGAGAAGAAGGUCGAGGAGGAGCCCAAAGGCGAAGAUGAGAGCACUUGGUGGGAGGAAAGUUUCGGCGGUAACACCGACUCGAAGCCCCGCGGCCCCGAGAGUGUUGCUCUCGACAUCUCCUUCGUCGGCUACGACCAUGUCUACGGCAUCCCCGAGCACACCGGCCCGCUCUCUCUGAGGGAGACUCGUGGUGGCGAGGGCAACUUUGAGGAGCCGUACAGGCUGUACAACGCCGACGUCUUCGAGUACAUCUUGAACAGCCCUAUGACGCUCUACGGAGCCAUUCCCUUCAUGCAGGCUCACAAGAAGGACUCGUCAGUUGGUGUUUUCUGGCUCAACGCUGCUGAGACCUGGGUCGAUAUCACCAAGGCCAAGGACUCCAAGAACCCACUGGCCAUCGGCACUUCUGCCAAGACGAACACCCAUUCCCAUUGGAUUUCAGAGAGUGGUCUGCUCGACGUCUUUGUCUUCCUUGGCCCUAGUCCUAAGGACCUCACCAAGGCCUUUGGUGAACUUACUGGUACCACUGCCAUGCCACAAGAGUUCGCAAUCGGAUACCACCAGUGCCGCUGGAAUUACAUCUCCGACGACGACGUCAAGGAUGUCGAUCGCAAGAUGGACAAGCACAAGAUCCCAUACGAUGUCAUUUGGCUCGACAUCGAGUACACAGACGGCAAGAAGUACUUCACCUGGGAUGACCAAAUGUUCAAGGACCCCAUCGGCAUGGGCAAGCAGCUUGAUGCCAGUGGCCGCCAGUUGGUGACCAUCAUCGAUCCUCAUAUCAAGAACGAGAAUGACUACGCUGUCGUCUCCGAGCUGAAAUCCAAGGAAUUGGCAGUCAAGAACAAGGAGUCUAACAUAUAUGAGGGUUGGUGCUGGCCUGGGUCUUCUCACUGGGUCGACUGCUUCAACCCCGAAGCCAUCAAGUGGUGGAAGUCGCUCUUCCGCUACGAUGCCUUCAAGGGCACCAUGGAGAACACGUGGAUCUGGAACGAUAUGAAUGAGCCUUCAGUCUUCAACGGACCCGAGGUCACCAUGCCCAAGGACAACAUCCACCACGGCGGCUGGGAGCACCGCGACGUCCACAACCUCAACGGCAUGACCUUCCACAACGCCACUUAUCAGGCUCUCGUGUCGCGUAAGAAGGGCGAGUCGCGCCGACCGUUCGUCCUCACUCGAUCCUUCUUCGCCGGAUCUCAGCGUAUUGGCGCCAUGUGGACCGGAGACAACCAAGCCUCUUGGGACCACCUUGCGGCUUCAAUUCCCAUGAUCUUGGCCCAGGGCAUCUCUGGUUUCCCCUUCGCAGGUGCUGAUGUCGGUGGCUUCUUCGGAAACCCAGAGCAGGAUCUGCAAGUCCGUUGGUUCCAAGCUGGUGCUUUCUACCCCUUUUUCCGUGGUCACGCGCACAUCGAUGCACGCCGUCGGGAGCCCUACUUGAUCGGCGAGCCUUACACCAGCAUGGUCACCUCAGCCCUGCGCCUGCGCUACAGCCUUCUGCCUUCGUGGUACACAGCCUUCUACCAGGCGCACAAGGAUGGCUCUCCUAUCGUCCGCCCCAUGUUCUACACCAACCCAUCCGAUGAGGGCAGUCUUGACGUUGACGACCAACUCUUCCUUGGCAGCACCGGUCUUCUCGUCAAGCCUAUCGUGGACAAGGAUCAGGAAUCUACAGACAUUUACAUUCCCGAUGACGGUGUGUACUACGACUACUUCACCUACGACAUCGUCCCGACCCAGAAGGGCAAGAAGGUCACCGUCUCGGCGCCACUGGACAAGAUUCCCCUGCUCAUGCAUGGCGGCCACAUCUUCCCCCGCCGCGACCGGCCAAGGAGGUCCGCGGCGCUGAUGAAGUGGGACGACUACACGCUCGUCGUGACUCUACCCAAGUCGGGCAACCACGCCGAGGGCGAGCUUUACGCGGAUGACGGCGACUCGUUCGACUUCGAGAAGGACCAGUACAUCCACCGCAGCUUCGUGCUCGACGGCAGCGUGCUGUCGUCCACGGACGCCGAGGGCAGGGACACCAGGAAGAUCAAGCAGGGCGAGUGGCUCAAGAACAUGAAGAGCGUCAGCGUCGACAAGGUCGUCAUUGUCGGCGCGCCAACCAACUGGGCCGACAAGACCGAGGUCACUGUCACUGGCGCGGACGGCAAGACCUGGACCGCGGCAGUCGACUAUACGCCUGGCACCAAGACCAGGGCCGCAUUUGCGGUCGUCCGCAGGGUUGGGGCGCCGAUUGGGGAGGACUGGAGCGUGUCCUUUGAGUAGAUGGACCUGGCUCCUUUUCCUACUACUUCUUAAGCCUCUGUCAUCAUGGCGGGGGUGGGCAGGUCAGCCAAGGCAAGCGAAGCGAAGGUUGGACGCACUAGGUUUCGGCGUUCUCAUUUUGUCUGAGUUCACAUUUGUACAACCGAGGGAAUUGUCUCUGUUCACACAUACACAACGAACGUUCUUUGUACUAUAGUGGUGUUGUCUGAACCUAUUCCACUAGAGAGGCAGGGAGAAUCAUGACGGAGAUAUAGACUUCCAACUCAUCCGUAAAACGCCUCAUCAAGCCCCGCGAGUGAGGCCUAACAGUAAGCGUGCGAUUCCGCGUGUAGAUUCACUCUGAGAUCGGGUCCUGAUCGAGACCAGUGCCAGUGGUGUGGGAAUGUGAAAAGGCUCCAUACAAUGUAGAUCAGAUCGCGUAUGGAAGUGAGACCGGCCACGUAGACGAGAUAGGAAUUUGAGUUUGGACUGUG